UUUUAUUAUUACAGUCGGUGUCCGGAGUUUAAUAACACUGGGACGGUAAAUUUAUUAUUUAAAUCAUUUAUAAUUUCAAGCAUAAAAUGUCGUUAAUAUUUUUUGUGCUGCUGCUAACUUCAGUUAAUGGGUUUUACCGCAAUCCUUAUCCUAAAAUUGAACCAGUUCAAAUUCAAAGUGGAGACGACCCUGGGGUGCCUUUAAUUUUGACCCCACUAAUUGAAGAAGGAAAAAUAGAAGAUGCUCGAAUGGCUUCUGAAGUUUAUUUUGAUGGAUUUUUAAAAAAGCUGAGCUAUGCAGGAUUUUUAACUGUUGAUAAGGCGUUCAACUCAAACAUGUUUUUUUGGUUUUUUCCGAGCGAAAUCAACCCUGAAAACGCUUCGAUUAUUCUUUGGUUACAAGGAGGACCUGGAGCAACGAGUCUUAUAGGGCUCUUUGCUGAAAACGGUCCCUUCUCUGUCAAAAUUGAACAUGGCCUUAAGGAACGUAUGUUUUCAUGGACCAAAACUCAUUCUGUGAUAUACAUAGACAAUCCAGUUGGAACUGGCUACAGUUUCACUGAUGGUGGAUAUGCCCAAAAUCAAACAAAAGUGGGUCAAGACCUCUACGAAGCUCUCCUCCAAUUUUUCGCCAUGUUCCCGAACAUCCAAUCUAAUGACUUUUACAUCAGUGGAGAAUCCUAUGGAGGCAAAUACGUCCCUGCAAUAGCCUAUACAAUCCAUCAAAACAACCCCGGUGGAAAAUUAAAAAUUAAUUUGAAAGGUCUGACGAUUGGUAAUGGAUAUUCAGAUCCAAUUAAUCAGCUUGAAUACGGCGAUUAUCUUUAUCAGUUGGGUCUCUACGAUGCAAAUGACAGAGAUCAAAUCAAGAAACUCGAACAACAAGGGUUGGAUAUGAUUCAAAACAAAGAUUAUGAGAAGGCCGCAAAGUUUUUUGAUUCUUUAAUCGGUGGUGAUUUUAAUAAUUCAACGUUUUUCAAAAAUAUUUCAGGCUUUGAUAAUUAUUUCAAUUAUAUGUAUCCAGUCGAUCCUAUUGAAUUUCAAAUAAAGCUUAUGGGAAAAUAUGUUCAGAGAAACGAUGUUCGAGCUGCCAUGCACGUGGGAAAUGCCACUUUCCAUGGAGAUGAUAUCGUAGAAGAAAAUUUAAUAGAAGAUUCUGUUGAAACUGUAGCUCCAUGGAUAUCCGAGCUUUUAAGUCAUUAUAAAAUAUUGAUUUACAACGGUCAAUUAGACAUUAUAGUAGCAUAUCCAUUGACACUAAAUUAUCUCCAAAAAUUGGAUUUUAGUGCCGCAAACGAUUAUAAAACAGCCCUAAGAUACCAAUGGAUUGUUGAUGGUAACAUUGCAGGAUAUGUUAAACAAGCUGGAAAUUUAACAGAGAUUUUAGUUAGAGAUGCUGGGCAUAUGGUGCCGACUGAUCAACCUCAAUGGGCUUUUGAUAUGAUUAAUCGAUUCACUAGUAAUAAACCGUUUUAUUGAAUAUUUUUGUGAAAUAAAUUUUUGAUUCAAUUAUUUGUUAUCAGUUUAACGUU